CCUCUUCACUCGGAGGCGAUUUACAGCAGCAAACCUCAAAUUAGAACUGAAAAUGCUCAGAAGAACCACACUGCACUUUACUUCCAAGAUUACACUUUUCUCACUUCCAAAACUCCACUUUUCAACCCUUUCUUCUUCAUCUUCCCCCUUUUACCAAAACCCCACAAAAAUCCUUUCUCAAUCAGACAUCAAAAACCUCGUCUUCUCUCAGUAUCACCAUGGCAAGUUUCACAACCUCCUCCAAAACGUUGUCUCUUUACCCUCUUUCCUCCUCACAGCUUGCCGCAAUCUCAAACCAAAUGACAAGAAUACCCUCACUCUUGAUUCUGUCUCAACUCAUUUUUUCUCACUUCAAGAACUCUCCUAUCACCUCUCUACAAAUCAAUUUGAUGUCAAUGUUUGCGGCUUUACUAUCCCUCCAUCUUCAGUUAAAGGUAAACCACUUGUGCUUCCUAAUUUGAAGCUUAAAGUAGUUAUUGAAGCUAUAAGAAUGGUUCUUGAAUCAAUUUAUGAUGAUAGAUUUGUGACAUUUUGUUAUGGUGGACGUGUUAAUAUGGGAAGACAUACCGCUAUUCGUUACCUUAAGAACUCUGUUGAGAACCCCAGUUGGUGGUUUACUGUUUGCUUGAAUACUGCAAAGUUUGAAAAUAAGCAUGUUGAUAGGUUGUGUAGGGUUAUGGAAGAGAAAAUUAGUGAUGAGGCAUUGAUUGGCUUGAUAAAAGUGUUAUUUGAGUCUGAAAUAAUGAGUAUUCAAUUGGGUGGUUGUUGUUUAGGUAGAGGGUUUCCUCAAGAAUGUGGGUUGAGUUCAAUUUUGAUUAACAUUUACUUUAAUAGUUUCGAUAAGGAGAUUCAAGAACUAAGGCUUAAAACGAGUCGGGAGAAUCCGAGAGUUGAUGCUAAUGACCUUGCUGAGGGAUAUCAGAGGAAUGCUUUCUAUAAGCCGUUGAAGAUAUAUGCAGUUAGGUAUUUGGAUGAGAUAUUGGUCAUCACGUCGGGGACAAAGAUGAUGACUUUGGAUUUGAAGAGUAGGCUUGUGCAGAUUCUUGAGAGAGAUAUGGAAUUCGGUAUUGAUAAGGUUAAGACUGUUAUUCAUAGUGCUACUUCUGAGAAGAUAGAAUUUUUGGGGAUGGAGCUUCAGGCAGUUAAGCCGUCUGUCUUGCACCCACCAAUGUCACAAAAGGCGAUUAGGGCGAGGAAGAAGUACCUCCGGCAGAAAGAAGUUAGAGCUGUGGAGUUGAGAAAUGCUAAAGAGAGUAAUAGGAAGAAAUUGGGAAUGAAAAUAUUCAGUCAUGUAUUUAAGAAAAUGAAGCGGGCCAAUGGUUUCAAAACUGAUUUCCAGAUUGAGAGUGAAGUCAACCAAAUCUUUGAUUCUUGGGCUGAAGAGGUAAUGCAAGACUUUUUGGAAUCUGUCGAUGAUCGUUGGGAAUGGCACCGGAUGCUCUCAGCUGGUGACUUCCUUUCUUUGAAAAGGAUCAGAGAUCAACUGCCCCUUGAACUCGUAGAUGCUUAUGACAACUUUCAAGAGCAAGUUGACAGGUACUUAAAUCCCAUCAAAGCAAAAAGGCUGUUAGAGGAACAAGUAAAGAUAGCAGAGGAAGAAGAGGAGCGGAAAUACUCUGAUCAAACGGUGGCAGAUCUGACAAAGUUAUGCCUAAAAGUUGAGGCGCCCUUAGAAAUUGUUAAGAAGGCAGUCAAACUGAUUGGAUUUACAAAUAAUAUGGGCCGUCCUAGGCCGAUUAGCUUACUUAUGGUUCUUGAAGAUGCUGAUAUCAUCAAGUGGUAUGCUGGUAUUGGGAGAAGGUGGCUUGAUUUCUUUUGCUGCUGCCACAACUUCAGAAAGUUGAAGAUUAUAGUAUCUUAUCAUUUAAGAUUCUCGUGCAUCUUGACUUUAGCAGAGAAGCAUGAGUCCUCAAAGAAGGAAGCAAUCAGACAUUACACCAAGGAUCUGAAAGUUUCUGAUGUUGAUGGGGUCGAAGAAAUGUAUUUUCCCACAGAAAGGGAAGUCAAAAUGAUGGGAGAUAAUGAUCUCAUUGAUCCAAAUCCUGUGGAUGGUUCUCUGGGGAUGACAUUGAUUAGAUUAGCUUCUGAUGAGCCCUCUUACUGUUGUGCUGCUCAUUUUUGUGACAGAAGAGAUACUAUUGUCUACCGAAUUAGGUUACUUCAGAAUCUUCUUAAUUUGGAUUCGUUUGAUCGAAGUAAGUGGGUUCCAGGAAUGGGUGCUAUACACGAGAAUUUGAAUAAGAGAUGCAUCCCUUUAUGCUCUGACCAUAUUAGUGAAUUGUACUUAGGUAGACUGACUUUGCAAGACACUGAUUAUGCUUCUCUUUUGCAUGUGGAUUAGUUGAUGUCCGACAUUAUUGUCGGAGUGACAUCAAAACUGCUGU